CGCAACACUGUGUAGCAUGGAAUAUUUAUUUUCAAGUUUGUGUUAGUUAACUAGGCCUAAUAUGAGUGUGUCGAAUGUCUUUUUUAACAGCAAUGUAAACCUACGCAGAUGUCAUGCGCUUGCGGUAAGACGCAGAGCUGAGGGCAGCACUAUGGAAACGAAUGAUGCACCUGCGCCACAUGACGACAGAGACGUGUGUGUGGGUUCCGUGAAAGGCUUAACAGAGAACUGGCAAAAGUGGUCCUCGGAACAACAGGAGUACCAAAAACAUAAUCCAUUUAGUAAUGACACGGCCCCUGUGCCCACGCAACUUCAGCGUGGCCAAGAAGGCUACGGAAAGCCUCCAGAGGGCUCCAAGACCGAGCAGAGAGGCAAAGACGCGCAGUCUCACAUCUGCAGAGAGGUGGAGGAACUGUGCACUGUGAUCAAGGAGAUUGGCCGCUCCGGUGAAGAUAACGGGAAGAUAACGGUUGAAUUCGGGACACUCUUCGAGCAUUAUGUUACCAUCUCUAACAAAUUAGUUGGUGUCCUGCUGCGCGCACGGAAACAGGGCCUGGUUCACUUUGAGGGGGAGAUGCUGUGGCAAGGACGAGAUGACCGCGUGAUCAUUACCCUUCGUUGAUAAUGAACUCUAGUAACUGAAUGGUAUUGCCUAAAGCUGUCAAAUGCACAACGUGUUGUUAUUGUUGCUGAUGAUUUACACAUUUACGUUUUCCAUCACACAAGAGUAGAACUGCAGUAACAACCUGUUACAUUAGAUACU